UAUCUGAAUUGAACUAUGGCCCCUCUUCUCUUCAUUAUCAUUUCAACCCAACUGACGGUCAUAGCGUUUUUCUUUCACUCAGUUGCUGACCCUUUGUCAAGAAUGAUUAACCAAAGUGCUAUUGCCUUCGUUCUUCUACUAAUUUGCACAGCUUUUGCCGAAGAAGUUCAAUGGCAUUACUGUACUCCUGAAAGCCAAGAUUUAUGUACAAUUCAAAAUGUUCAAGUAGACCCAUGCAAAGAAGCAGUUAAUAAUUUACCAUGUAGACUAAAGAAAGGAUUAGAUGCACAAAUUUCAUUUAAUUACACUGCAAACUUUAACGCUGAAAAUGCAAGUUCUCAAGCAUACUGGGACUCGGGGAUUUUGGAUUUACCAUUGGCUGGAAUGAACACUGACGCUUGUAAAAAUACUAAAUGUCCGAUUGUUAAAAAUGAAAAUUCAAAUUAUGACAUAAAAAUACACAUCAAUAAAUUAUUCCCCUCCAAAGAAUUUAAGGUGAAGUGGAAACUAUGGGACAACGCUCAACAAAAUGAAUUGUGCUGCUUCACUAUUAAUAUUAAAAUACAUCUAUAAUUAGAAAUAUGAAAAACAAGAGAAAAACUAAUUUUACAUACAACUGACUUUUUGUUAAAUAAAAAAUUGUUUUUGAUUUUAAAACAUA